GUUUCUUAACUUCUGUGUCUGCUAAAAUCUAAGAGACCUUUGUUAGGGAGAGAGUGAGACUGUAAGAGACCAGAGACCAAGCAGUUGCAGACAUGGCUGGAAGCAAUCGUCGCAGUUCCCACUUGUUGCUCUUGUUUGUGCUUCUUCUAAUUGCAUUGUCUAGUGUAGCAGAGGCAUAUGACAAUUUCCGGUCGUCGUCAAAUAAGUUUUGCAGGCCGAAGUGUAGGCGUCGCUGCUCGGCUACAUCACAUAAGUCGGCUUGUAUGUGGUUCUGCCUCAUGUGCUGCUCCAAAUGCAAGUGUGUCCCUCCUGGCACCUAUGGAAAAAAGAAUGCCUGUCCAUGCUAUAGCAACAUGAAGACCAAAGAGGGAAAACCCAAGUGUCCAUGAAGCCUGAAAAUUUGAGCUAAUUUGUCUCAGUGCCAGUGGAGGAUUAGAAAUUAGGUUUUUCUUUUCUCUAUAGUUUUGGUGCAAUUUGUAAGCCCCUAGUUUUAGUUUGGGGAUCAAAUAAAAAGUAUUUUCUUGGCAUUACUUCUGCAAUGGAUAUUGGGCCUUGUAUGUUUUUGGGUCCAUACUAGAUUGAGGUGUGGACUUUGAAUUGGGGACUACCCCAACCCACCUCAACCCAGCCCUACAUUAUUAUAUGUAAUAAUCACCGCUCUCUCAAUAACCACAACUACCCAUUAUUUUGGGAUUGUUUUACUGUUCUUUUUAUAUAUGGCAAGAAUUUAAUCUGCC